CUGUUUUCAGCGGUAACUGGCAUACAACCAAUCACGUGCAUUAUAGAACAAUAGCAUUGUCAAUCACCCGCGGAUACAGCACAGGAUACUGGGAAAGAUUCAAGAUGGCGAAAUUUUGUGUGGAAUUCUGAAGCUACAAGCGUCCUCAAAAAAGAGCGUGAACAACCCGCUGCAGCGCGCCAACUAAGACAAAACAGAUUAUAUGAGGGAUUUGAGCGUGCUCAAAGCAAACAUGAAUAGACUGUGAUUAGGCUGUGUGUUUGGUUGCCGGUUGGCGAAAUGAGGAGGAUCAAGCGAGCCUUGUCUCUUCGCGGGCUAAAGAGUGAAGAUGUGCUAUCAGAGUAUGAAGAACAAUUCUCAAUCGAUGGCAGUGGUCGAAACAAUGGAUAUAGUUCAAAUGACAGUGCAUUCAGAGAUGAAAAACUGGAAUUUCAUGAAAAUGACUCGUUUGAGCCUGUAAUGAUGAGAAAGCCACGUUCCAAAUCUACCCUGAGCACUACAAGUAGAAGUAAGAGAUUGUCUCUUCCAAUGCUACACUACGGCUCAUCAAUGAAUGACAUCUCUGGGAACCGUAGUCCUCACUCCAAGAGUCCCAGUAGCCUCCACACAAGCCCAACCUUCCAGGAGCCAGCAGAAUCCAUGAGUAGAACAACAAGGCGCAUGUCACUGUCUGAGCUGGGUUAUGGGAAAAUGGAGACUUACACAAAACUGGAUAAGCUUGGGGAGGGGACAUAUGCAACUGUUUUUAAAGGGAAAAGCAAAUUAACAGAUAAUAUAGUAGCACUCAAAGAAAUACGACUUGAACACGAGGAGGGGGCACCCUGUACAGCUAUCAGAGAAGUGUCAUUAUUAAAGGGACUCAAGCAUGCCAACAUUGUGACGCUUCAUGAUACUGUUCACACCCAAAAAUCUCUCACGCUUGUGUUUGAGUACCUGGAAAAAGAUUUAAAACAAUAUAUGGAUGACUGUGGAGGAAUUAUGAGUAUGAAUAAUGUUAGGAUAUUUUUAUUUCAGUUAUUACGAGGGCUUGACUACUGUCAUAAAAGAAAAGUUCUUCAUCGGGACCUAAAGCCCCAAAAUCUACUGAUAAAUGAUAAAGGAGAGCUUAAACUAGCUGAUUUUGGCCUUGCAAGAGCAAAAUCUGUCCCAACAAAAACAUAUUCCAAUGAGGUUGUUACUCUGUGGUAUAGACCCCCUGAUGUUCUUCUUGGCUCAACAGCUUACUCAACUCAGAUCGACAUGUGGGGUGUUGGGUGUAUCUUUUUUGAGAUGGCCACAGGUCGACCGCUGUUUCCUGGCUCAACAGUGGAAGAUGAGUUGCUGUUGAUUUUCAAGGUUCUUGGUACGCCAUCUGAGGAAGUCUGGCCUGGUAUCUCAGCAAAUGAGGCAUUUAUUGCAGGAAAGUUUCCAGAUUAUCCAAGAGAAAACCUUAUUAUUCAUGCACCAAGAUUGGACAAUUCUGGUCUAGAAUUACUGGAAAAGUUUUUAGAGUAUACCGUCAAGGACAGGGUGUCUGCCCACGAUGCCAUGAGACACGACUAUUUCUACAGCCUUGGGACAAGGUGUUUGAACCUUGGUGACUUGGAUUCCUUAUUUUCUCUUGAAGAAAUUCGGCUCACCAAAGAUCCUGGGUACAGAUCCACUGGACGGACUUUAGGUCCGUCCAGAAGAAGACAGAGUAUGUUAUUUUAGCUCAAUCUUUGUAACACAACUUGCACUACUAACAAGAUGGCUUUUAAGGAGAUCAAUCUUUAUCUUAUGAAACUAGCCCGGUGCUUUGAAUGCUGGUGAAACAUUUGUGGUGCAUGUCCUUAAACCUAACUAAGCCUGCAUCAAUAGCACGUUUAAUAGUCCUUAGUUUGUGAAUGCCAGGGGAAGUUGUGGGCUCAUUAGUGAUCUUAAGGUCUCUUCUGACUACCUAUGUGGUACAGUCUAUUUAAAGUCAAGUUUUUUAAGAGCAGUGCUAGGCAAGCAUAGUGUAUAAUACUGCAAGCCUUUAUGCAUGUACAUAAAGACAAGAAGGCUGGCAAAAUGUUCAUAGCAGACUACUUCCAAGUUGUUUUAUGUUUUUAAAAUUCAUUUUGUACGUACAUUUUUUUAUGAAGAAGCAAAGAAAUAUCACAGUAAUUCAGGUAUUAUUAACAUCACUAGACUCAUAUGCCCUGUAGUUCUAUAUCGGUUUCAGCUUAAGUAGGUUAGUGCAACAUAGAUUGGAAUAUUAAUUCAACUGUAGUACUUAUAGGGGAAUGCAUUUUCAAAGUUUAAGCUGGCCUUUCAUGUUUAGAAAUAACCUUUGGUGUUAUUCCUGCAUACUCAAUUGGCACCGCCAAGCAAAUCAGUCACACUGAAACUGACUGUUUGCUAGGUUUGAGAAUAAGAAGUUUUGAAAGGAGCUUUAUCUUUGAACAUCAGCAUUUUAAAGAGAAUAUUUACCAUUGUUAGGUGCCAGAGUGGUUUUCAAAAUCCUGUGCAACAAAAUGUAAUGGUAAAAGUGUAAUAGUCAAGCCAGAACAAAGGAGAACAAAGACAUUACAGUGUAUUAGUACUAAAUAAACUAAAUAGUAUUUCACGGGUUUGUGAAAACCACUCUAAUUUUGCUGUUAGAGCUUUAUAUCGAGGAAAACUAGCCAUUUAGCCAGUAGUUUUAAAUAAGAUAGUAGAUUUUUUAAUAUUAAUGCUGGAAUGGUGAUUGUUUUAUUAAUUUAUUUCUUCCAGUCUUCAAAAUUCAAUUUGCUUGUCGUCUAAUAUGUGAAUCACUAGUCGAGAAUAUAAUUUUACGUUCUGGCACAGUUUUAAUUUUUAUUUUUGAAAAACCAUUUGCAUUUUUGUCGCAAAGAGGGAUCUCAAAAUUCAAUUUGUAAAAAAUAGUACUGAAAAUUUCAUCAAGUUAUAAAGAAUUAUAUGGACCUCAUAAAGAUGUAUUCUAUGCUUGCAUCACUAAAGGUGCAGUAAAGGUGAAAGCUACUGAAAGCCUCUAGUUAGGGUAGCCUGGGGUCCAGUCUGCUUUACCCACCCCCCUUUAGUUAACAUAUUUAGAGCCUCUGGUUUUCAGGUAAGCCAGGUGUAGUGUUAGUUGGUUUUGAUACUUCAAAAUUUAUAAACAUUCCAAAAAACUACAUGUGUAGACUCCUAAAAGAUGCCUUUAGUCUCCCUCCCCCCCCUCAAUACAACCCAUUGACACUACGCCUAAUUACCUGUGUUUAGAAUGAUAGGCAAUCACCUGAAUCGAGUACUUGUUAAUCACCGUUGCCAUGGCAAUAUAUCCAGGCAACUAAAGCUUAACAUAGUUCAAGAAAGUUGUACACUACACAGAUUUACAUAAACUUUGCCACAUUAAAACAUGUAGUACCUCAAAACCAA